GUACCAGCUUGCAAAUCCCCAAAAUCUUUUUCCUCCAACCCAAGGUCGCAAGAAUCCAUCUUCUUAAGCGGCUCCUCUUUUUGGGCGCAUCAAUACAAAAAUUCGUCUCGUGUAUACCCACCACUUUGCUCUUCGCAGCUGGCAACUGAACGCCCUCCGCCACCUUUUCUCCCCUCUACAUCUCUUGUCUCUCAACGCCACGCGCUCGCACAGCAUCCGGGAUUCCACGGGCUCUUCAGCCAUCCAAGUCGGCCCACGAUGAGCCGCCAGCAGCCACAGCAGCAGCCCCAGGUCCAGCCUUGUAGAUACAAGGUUGGGAAAACUCUGGGAGCUGGCUCAUACUCGGUCGUCAAGGAAUGCGUCCAUAUCGAUACCGGGCGCUACUAUGCCGCCAAGGUUAUCAAUAAGCGACUUAUGGCGGGGCGAGAACACAUGGUCCGGAAUGAAAUCGCCGUCCUGAAAAAGGUGUCCAUGGGACACCAGAACAUCCUGACGCUGGUCGACUACUUCGAGACCAUGAACAACCUGUACCUCGUCACAGACUUGGCUCUCGGAGGCGAGCUGUUUGACCGCAUCUGCAGAAAGGGCUCGUACUACGAAUCCGAUGCGGCUGAUCUAAUUCGGGCGACACUCUCCGCCGUCGCAUACCUCCACGACCACGGCAUCGUCCACCGUGACUUGAAGCCCGAGAAUCUACUCUUCCGCACCCCCGAGGACAAUGCAGACCUGCUCAUCGCCGACUUUGGCCUGUCCCGCAUCAUGGAUGAGGAGCAGUUCCAUGUUCUCACGACGACUUGCGGUACUCCUGGCUACAUGGCUCCUGAGAUUUUUAAGAAGACCGGCCAUGGUAAGCCCGUUGACCUGUGGGCCAUCGGUGUCAUCACCUACUUCCUCCUCUGCGGCUAUACCCCCUUCGACCGAGACUCCGACUUUGAGGAGAUGCAAGCCAUUCUCAACGCCGACUACAGCUUCACCCCCGUCGAGUACUGGCGCGGCGUCUCUUCGCACGCCAAGGACUUCAUCCGUCGCUGCCUCACCAUCGACCAGGACAAGCGCAUCACCGCCCACGAGGCCCUUCAGCAUCCGUUCGUUGCUGGUCUCGCCCCUUCGGACGGCGCUGGCGAGAACUUGCUUCCCACAAUCAAGAAGAACUUCAACGCUCGGCGCACGCUGCACGCGGCUAUCGACACUGUCCGCGCCAUCAACAAGUUACGGGAGGCCCAGAAUCUCAUGAUGGACGGCGCUCGUUCCCAAGAGCCCACGCGCAACCGCGGUGCUGGCCCCAACAUCCCGGGCCCUCCCGUCAACGGUGUCCGCAAAGACGACAGCGCCAUCUCUAUGGGCUCCAGCCAGGGCAAUGACAGCGAACCCAGCGCGAACAGGCAAGCCGACGAUGUAGUCAUGGGCAACACAACUCCUGCUUCUGACGUGCCCGCAGCACUACAGCCGGGCAACAUGGCCAACCGUCUUGUACAAACAAGCAAAGGCCUCUGGAACCCCGAGGCUGCCAGGUAGCUUUACCUCUGCCUCACAGGUAUGGUAAAUAACCGCAUUUCUUUCUUUCUUUUUUUUUUUGUUGUUCUUUUUGGCAUGCCAGCACCAAGUAGCGAGAGAGAAAAGGAGUAUCUCUAUAAAGAAGAGAGAACAUGCGUAUGUGUGCACCGGCGCUGGCAGCCCACUUGAUACCCAGCCAUGUUUCUCAUAGAAUCUACUUGGGGGAAGAAAUCGUUUCUCUAUUUUGUGCUUCCCAGCUACGAGAGAAUGAAGUGAUGGAUUUGAUAUAUCGUCGUUUUGGAAUUUUCACUCUGCCUCCAUCAUUUGCCUUGCAAAACAAAAGAAGAAGAAGAAGAAAAAAAAUUGAAUUUGAACACUUUUUUUUUACCCUUUUCUUUCACUCUUUCCUUAUUCUCACCUUUUUUUUUU